CACCCCCGUGUUUCAACCGACGGACCGGGGCGAUUCAAACCAGACACGCCGGCCGGCCUUGUCCACAGAAAGUUCAGAGAGUCGCAGGUUUCGGAUGCUUCAGCAAGUCUUCUCAUAACUUCGACACAUUUUCUUCUUUCUGACCAUGUCUGGGAAAAUCAAGAGCCGAAGUGCUGCUAAUGCAGACGCGAUCUCAGGCGGUGUGUCCUGUGAUGAGCGCAUCUUACGGGACUGUCACCAGCUGUACACGGAGCCGGACAGUGGGUUGAUCACAGUCGCUGAAUCUGUUGGUGUGAAGCUUCUGCCGCCCAGGAAGAAGAUCACAGUGAUGCUGAUGGGAAACCACUCUGCUGGGAAAAGCUCCUUUAUCAACUGGUACGUUGAGGAGCACAUCCAGCGUACUGGAGUGGCCAUUGAGACCCAGGGCUUCAACUUUGUGACAAAUGGCCGCAAGAGAGAAUCUCUCACAGGAAAUGCCACCCUGCAUCUGUAUCCACACUUCAAGCCUCUGCAGGAGUUCAAAGGUGUUUCAGAGUACCUGAGCACAGAGAUCUGCACGUCCAGACAGAAACGUUUCAGUCUGGUGACGUUUGUGGAUUCCCCGGGGUUGGUGGACGGUGAUAUGAAGUAUCCUUUCGAUGUGGACCAGGUCCUCUUGUGGCUGGGGGAUCUCUGUGACCUGAUUCUGGUCUUCUUUGACCCCAUGGGUCAGGCUCUGUGUAAACGAACCCUCAACAUCGUGGAGAGCCUGAACGAGAAACACGGGGAUCGGCUGAGAUUUUACCUGAGCAAGGCUGACGAGGCCGGAGGAGAGUCUGACAGACAGAGAGUGAUGAUGCAGAUCGUUCAGGAGCUCUGUAAGCGGCCUGGUCUCAACAAAUGUGGUUUUGACAUGCCGACCAUCUACGUCCCAAAUCCCAACAAGCCGAGUCGCUGUGUGAACCAGAUCGAGGAGGUUUGUCGCACCAUUGAGAAAACCAUCAACCAGACGGUCCAGAACACGCUCAACUCUCUGGAGAAGGACUGCGAGAUCAUCAGUGAGGCCAUCACCGACACAAUCUUGAAUGACAGACAGACGAGUACUAGAAACCGGCGUGCGCGCUGUAAAGGUUGCCUCCUUACCCUGCUGGGCUUCAGCGUGCCUAUGGCGCUGAUGGCCUUGCUGGUGCUCGGCACACUGUCACAGGAGCUGCUGGAGAUGGGGCUGGGCCGUCAGGGCACAGAGGCGCUCUCCGUCUACCUGAAUCCAGUAGUGAAAGUGUUGGACUCGCUCUCUGUGGAGCAGCAGCUGUACAGCUGUGCUGGACUCGUCCUGUUCUCCUUCCUCCUUCUCCUCAUCGCGCGCUUCUCCUUCAGAACUCAAUCAACCCUGUCCGGCAAACAGAAGAGGCAGCUGCAGGAGAAGCUGGAGUACGUCCAGGAGGUGGUCAAGACUAAAAAGAAGAAGCUGUACGAGGAUUAUCUCCGUCAGAGCGUCAGCGAUCAGGACAUGGACCUGUGAAGACCGAGACAUACAGAGCCAGCUCCCAGCACUUCCAUCAGAAACAGUUCUACGCUGCCCUCCGUAUGCUCAUAGCUGUGGUGCUUUAGGUACUGCAACACUUCUUACCCAUUGGUUUACCUCUGUAAAAACUCAAACACUUGUUACUUUGUUGUGAGUGUUUAUUUACAUGUUUACUCUGUGCCUCUGCUCCACCCUGAGUGAUGCAGGAUGAAACCACUUUAAAUAUUUAAACUUUGCAAACUAUUUAUAAUAUCCGUGUAUCAGAGAAACUGUAUUUUGGUUAAACAGCACUGUUACAUGAGUCACUUUGUACAAGUCUUUGAAGACUUUACCAGCAUUUUCUACAGUUUAUCAUGAAGUCACACUCCGGAUUAAUAUCAUGAAUGUUUGUGUGUUGGUUUAUAUGUAGGAUGUUCCGUAAUGAACAUUUCUACUGUCACUGAAGGAAAUAACCAGGAAUCAACCUUUGUACCUGUCACCAGUCCAGUUUUUGUACUCUCCUGCUCUACGUCGUGACCAUGUUUUAAUGAAAAUGGACUCAAAUAAAGAUAUUAAAAAAAAGUUUGAGACAUGA